AUGAUAAUGUGGAGAAAUACGGUCAAUAUUGAAGUCUUUCGUGCAAUUGCAGACCGUGAGACGUUCCGCAAGGGGAUUGUCGAAAUCAUCUGGGAUGAUGCUUUUCUGGUAACAUCCCUGCAGAGGGAGGACGCUUAUCUCUAUGACGAACCCGAGGAUGAUCCAGUGGAAGGAUGUCCAUCAGGUUUUGUGCGGGCGUGCAAGGGAAAUAUCAAGCGGCUCAAGGAUCGCAAGCUUGAGGAUUUGAACGGCCUUCCGGGCCACGCUGCAAGGGCGCAGCAAGUCGCUGCGCAGCUACCGCUAAAGAAGUCGCCGGCAUCGAAGCCCUUAGGUAUGACCUCCAGCGAUUCCCUUCGCUCAGGAGAAUUACCAUCAGGACUACAGCACGUCAGCCUUCAGACCAACGUUGAAGCCGAUCCAGAUGCUCAGGCCACACAGCCAUGGAGCGGUGGGGCGAUUGAGCACUUCAGCCCACUGCGCACGAUCUUCCCAGUCGACAAGUGGCCACGGCUUCGCCACUUUGGGCUCUCGAGAUUUCUAGUUAAGCAGGCCGACGUGCUUGCUCUGCUCGCUGCGCUCCCGGUAACGCUGCGCUCGGUCGAGCUGAGCUUCCUAGAGUUCCUCGAUGAUGGCGGCACCUAUAGAGACCUUCUCACUGAUAUGCGCGACGAAUUGGGCUGGCAGGAGCGAGCGACUGCCUCGAGACCGAAGGUCACCAUCGGUGUGCCCCUGACUAACACGAUGCCUGGGCGUGCGGUCUGGAUUGACGAUGAAGUCGAUAACUUCCUCUAUGGCAGCGGGGAAAAUCCGUUCGGGGCCAAGGGCGAACGCAACCCAAAUAAUGUAGCUGCUGGGAGAGGGAUGGUAUGGGAUGCGUUUGACCCGACUCAUGAACGGCCCUGGGCGUCCCAGGACGCGAGAUUGGCAGCUGGAAGUUCACGGGCAGAGCAAUAA